UCACUUGUUUCUCUCCCCCACAAACCACUCCUACUCUCCACAACACUUUCCUAUGUAAUUUGUAAACCCAAAUCCCUGUCGCUCCUUACUCCCUCUCUGAUCUCCUCAAACCCAAUAUCACAUAAUUGUAAACAAAUAUGCACUUCUCAAACAUAUUUUUAUAUUUUGUUCAAUUAUUAAUUCAUGGGGAUGGGAUGCUCUUCAGCAUGGAACGAUACAAGAGGAGAAUAAUUCCACACCCAACAAUGAUACUCCCAUCACCGAGAAGUCAAGUUCUUGAUGAGAGCAUAAUCAGGGAGGAAGUCUUGUCCACUCACAACUAUGACGGUAGAAAGUUCAACACCAACUUCAUUUUGAACAUGACAGAAAACAUUCUUAGUGUCAAGAUGGGUAUUGGUGAAGAAGCAGGGGUGGAUAAGUUGCAUCAACUUGAAGACAUCAAUUACGAAGAACUUCCAUCUCAUUUCAGACAACUUUCAUUUGAGAUAGCUUCUGCUGGUUUGAAGAGUAGUGCAAAAAAUGAACACUCCACCACUAUUGAUGUGCUAAGAAUACUGUGUUCCUAUAGUUGGGAAGAUAAGAUGGUGUUGAUGCUCUCAGCUUUCUCCAUCGUCUAUGGAGAACUCAGCCGUGUUUCCCGACUGGCAAUGCCUCAGAAGUUGGAAAAGCUCAACCAAAAAGCAGUUUUUGAUUGCAUCACUUCUGUUUUACAACUCACUAAAUGCGUGGUUGAGCUCAAACAAACUAUGCCGCCAUCUAAUUACUCUAGGCCGCAAUCAAUAAUCUCUGCCUUGCCAAUUGUGAGCUAUUGGAUAGGUAGAAGUGUUAUUGGGAGUGUGGGUGCUUAUUAUUGUGCUUCUCCUCAAAAACAACUAACCUCUUCAAUUGCUGCCAUACUCCAUACUUUUUCCUCAGAACUAGAAAAGAAGAGGGCUGAGGAAUCGUAUGAAGCAUUGAAGCGUGCUUUAUAUUACAAUUCUUCUAGUAAGUCUGAAGUUUUCAGGCUAAUGUUUAAUGUCAAGAAUGGGGAGAUGCUAUUUAAAGAUAAGGGAUUAAAUGAUUGGAACAACACAAGAGUGGCCCUGCUAAUUACCCAGGGCCUUGACAUCUCUGAUCUGACGAUUCAAUUUCUGGAUUGUUUUGCCUGGCUUGCGAAUACAAGACUACUUUGGAUUCCAAUCGUUCAGAAUGAUGAUGCAUCAUGGACUACUGAGGAUGAGAAACAAUUUGCAAGAUUAAAAAGAAGGAUGUCCAACUUGUACUGGUUGGACAAUCUGCAAAAAAUGAUUUCACCACAAUUUAUUAGAUUUGUUAAAGAGCAACUCUUUCCAGACUUCCAGAUGGGAGGGGAGCCAAUCAUUGUUUCAUUAGAUCAGCAAGGAAGAAUUGUUCAUCGAAAUAUAAUGCACAUGAUAUAUAUAUGGACUUUUACGUAUAUUGAAAAAAAUACAUUAGGAGUUCAAGGAAUAUAUAAUAUAACUGCCUUGGUAGAAGAAGAGUUGAAGAAAGGGACUUCGAACAUCGAUCGUGUGAUACCUGAAAUCAAUGAUAUGAUAAGUGUUUUGGUUGAUGACAUUAACGACAAGAUAGUUGCUUGGGAACACAAUAUUAAAAAGAGGAUACAAAAUUUGAUAGAACAAUCCACUCCGUAUAACAACGAAAGGGAAAACUUCCUGUGGCAACAAGAACCAAAUUGCAGUCUUGACCUUGUGGUAGGAACAGAUGGCCGCAAUGUUUAUCUUGCUAAUUAUGAGAUACAAUAUUGGUUUGGCACAGAAGAUUAUAUUUUCUUAUACGGAGGAAACGAUAUUAACUGGGUUCGAGAAUUCACUACCAAGGUAAGUGAGUUUGCUUCCAAAAUCCAAUUGAAUGUAAAGUUGGCCUACGUUGGUAAAAAUAAGUUGAUAAGAACAAUCAUUCGUAAAGAAAAAUUGAGUCACUAUGCAUUGAAUGAAUCCUACUUGGUAUGGUGGUUUUGGACUCGUCUCCGAAGCAUGUUUUUGUCAAGAAUCCAUUAUUUGGACGCAAUUAAUCAGUUUGGUGAAGAGUGCAAUGAUGAAAUUUUGCAAGGACUCAAGAAAUUGUUGGCCUAUGAAGGUAAGAAUACAAGAAUUGAAGGAUGGGCCGUGCUAAGUAAAGGGAAGAAGAUGGUUGUAUGUGGGCAUGGAGCUAAAAUACUGCAAGUUAUAAAUGAGUAUGAGAUUUGGAAGGAAAACAUAGCCACCAAAGGUUUUGAUAAGGCAUUCAAAGACCACCAUGAGAUGCUUACUUCUUCUUCCUUAAAAAGUCAUUCUUGUUGUGCUCUUGAAUAUUCAACUACCUUGAGCAAAAUUCCAGAGAAUGAGAAAUGCCCCGAGUGUUCUUACCGAAUGCAUAAAUUUGUUACCUUCACAUGUUGUCAUGGUCAUGACAUUGACUCCGAUCAAGAUUAGUACUAGAUGGUGUGUUUGGUUUUCAAUUCUGAUCUCAUGUGUAAUUAUAUUAGUCAUUUCUAUUAUAUUAUAUUAUAUAUAUG